AUGGCGGGGCUCGUGAACUUCGAGGACGAGGAGGAGGUGCGCGCCUACCUGGAGAACCUGCACAUCGAGUACAGCUACCAGUGCUACCGYGAGGGCGACCCCGACGGCUGCCAGCGCCUCGCCGACUACCUGGAGGCCGUGAAGAAGGACUUUGAGGCGACGGCGCGGGUGCUGCGCGAAAACUGCGAGGCGCACGGGCACAGCGAGAGCUGCUACAAGCUGGGAGGCUACCAGGCCAUCGGGAAAGGUGGACUCGUCCCAGAUUUGAAAGCUGCCUACAACUCCUUUAUGAAGUCUUGUGAGAAAGGUGGGAAGAGGUCAAUAAAUGCUUGUCAUAACAUUGGGCUCUUGGCCCACGAUGGGCGAGUAAAUGGUGAUAAACCCGACGCAGUUGUCGCUAGAGACUAUUACACGAAAGCCUGUGAUGGCAAUUUUGCUCCUAGCUGUUUCAACCUCAGUGUAAUAUACCUGCAAGGAGCACAGGGGGUCCCCAAGGACAUGAACCAAGCCUUGCAGUAUUCCCUGAAAGCCUGUGAGCUGGGUCAUGUGUGGGCUUGUGCUAAUGCCAGUCGAAUGUAUAAACUGGGAGAUGGCAUUGAGAAGAACGAUACCAAGGCAGAAGCGUUGAAAAACAGGGCCAAACAGUUGCAUAAAGAACAGAGAGAAGCACCGAUUUCCAUAACUUUUGGGGAGUAAAACUGUCAUUUGUAGUUCUUAAAUUGGAAUUUUACAUGUUUAGUGAACUGGUUAUUUAAAUCAUGUGGACAUACAGCUUUUACUCAGAGUAAAUAAAUAUUCUGUAAAUUUUUGCAUAUAAAAAUAAAUCUAUGUUUUCUGGACAUAGUGUGGUCAACUCUGGCGCCGUUUUAUCCACCUUUAAAUACUUGUGUUUUUAGAUUCCUGCCUUUCCUUUAAGAAGGGCAAAAACUUCUGGACUUUGGAAAGUUUGUCUCUGAACUCAAGCAAGGAGAGCUCUUGCUUAUUAUGUUUCAGUGUCAAGGCUUGUGCUACGGGAAGUUCUAAUACCAAAAAAAUAGUUGCAAGGUCAUUCAAACUUCAACAUUCAAAACUAUACUAAAAACUUGCCAGCACCUGUGGAACUUGGAUGAUGUGCACACGUAGAUGGGCUGCUCUGAGGCUUCUCAGUGCCGAAAUGGUCUGAGAAACUUGAGUCAUUUCAUUUGCUGAAGGUAACAUUUGUUGUCCAAAAACUGUAUUAAGACUUGUUGUUUUAUUUACUCUGUCAUGAAACUAUCAAAAAAACACACAUAACCAGGAGAAAAAAAACUUGAUCUAUGAAGAAAUACUAAUUUUGUAUUCUACUAAGGUA